CCGAGGUGCAAGCAUUGUCUGCGCAAGCCCAUCCGAGCAUCAACUCGACACCCGCUCUCACUCCCUACCCGACGGACAAGCCCAUCGUUAUGGCCAAACCCCUCCACCAAGCACGAAGCAAUUGCAAGACAAGCCCACUUGGAGUGCACGCCCACACCGAGGUGCAAGCUUUGUCCAAGCAAAACCCAUCCAAGAAUGUCAAUUUGACAUCCCGCUCUCACUCCUUGCCCGACGUAGGGGCCCGGCAUUCCAUCGAUUUUAACCAAACCCUUCCACCAAGCAAGAAGCAAUCGCAAGACAUCUCAUAUCUUCACGAACAAACCCGCUUGGAGUGCACGCCCACACCGAGGUGCAAGCAUUGUCCGCGCAAGCCCAUCCGAGCAUCAACUCGACACCCGCUCUCACUCCCCGCCCAACGGUCGGACGUGGCACUCCGACGAAACCCGUCCACCGAGCACAAAGCAAUCGCAAGACAUCUCGUAUCUUCACGAACAAGCCCGCUUGGAGUGCACGCCCACACCGAGGUGCAAGCAUUGUCCGCGCAAGCCCAUCCGAGCAUCAACUCGACACCCGCUCUCACUCCCUACCCGACGGACAAGCCCAUCGUUAUGGCCAAACCCCUCCACCAAGCACGAAGCAAUUGCAAGACAAGCCCACUUGGAGUGCACGCCCACACCGAGGUGCAAGCAUUGUCCAAGCAAAACCCAUCCAAGAAUGUCAAUUUGACAUCCCGCUCUCACUCCUUGCCCGACGUAGGGGCCCGGCAUUCCAUCGAUUUUAACCAAACCCUUCCACCGAGCACAAAGCAAUCGCAAGACAUCUCGUAUCUUCACGAACAAGCCCGCUUGGAGUGCACGCCCACACCGAGGUGCAAGCAUUGUCCGCGCAUACCCAUCCGAGCGUCAACUCGACACCCGCUCUCACUCCCUGCCCGACGGACAAGCCCAUCGUUAUGGCCAAACCCCUCCGCCAAGCACGAAGCAAUCGCCAAGACAAGCACACUUGGAGUGCACGCCCACACCGAGGUGCAAGCAUUGUCCAAGCACGCCCAUCCCGCUCUCACUCCUUGCCCGACGGUCGGAUGUGGCACUCCGGCCGAACCCUUCGCCCACCAAGCACAAAGCAAUCGCAAGUUAUCUCGUCUCCUCACGAACAAGCCCGCUUGGAGUGCACGCCCACACCGAGGUGCAAGCAUUGUCCGCGCAAGCCCAUCCGAGCAUCAACUCGACACCCACUCUCACUCGCCGCCGGCGGCCGGAGGUGGCACUCCGCCGGCGUCGACCCCCCAAGCAUAUGUGCCCAUGAUGGGCGCAAUGUGCUUGAAGGGUCGGCGCCGCGGCAUAGGGGUACCCCCGCGCCCCGCCCAUGCAGGCAGGUCGCCCCCCUAUAUAGUACAUUCUGGCUUUUUUGGGUCUGGCAGGCUUGCAUAUGAAAAAGCCGAAAUGUCACACCAUGCCAUAAAUCUUGAUUGUGUUAUUAUUAUGACCGGGACUUGAUUGUAUUAUGUUUUAGACAUUUAAAUGAGUGUGGAAAACAAGUUUCAUAAUUUUUGAACCAACCAAUAAUAUUUUAUGAAUUUUUAUUGUUAAAAAAUUAAAAAUAAUUUAAAAAUAGUAAAACGUUUCCAAAAAUUCUAAUUUUUGGAGGACAUCCUUUG